ACCAAUAACAAACCCGCCUCCCUUAUCUGUCAGCAGUGUUCGGCAUCCCUGCUGUCAUCUCGGCCUAAAUUGCCGAGUUGAUAGCGGCGACCAAGCGACGCAUUUAUCAUGACAAAAACAGACAAAGAAUGACACUCUGACCGUUCGGUGUGCUCUGUUCCAGCGGUAACUAUUGCUUGUUCCCGACUGCCCUCUCCCCUCUAUUCGUUAGCUUGGCUUGCUAGCACUGAGCGACAUGAUGCCAUGCGUGUGAAACUGGCUGCCGCUGCUGCUCCUCCUCCUGUUGUUUGAAAAGGACACUUCUGCUUUUUUAGUAUCGAGUCAAGCAGAACAGAACAGAAGUCAUUGGACAAAAGUCAGACGGACGGCAAUGGAGCCACAAGCGGCUACAGGCUGCGUGAACGUUGGCUGUCUGACGAGCACCUUGUCGGUGAUACCUUACCAGAAGCUGACUGACUUGUACUAUCUGAGUAGAGGGGGAUUCGGGACCGUUUUCAAAGCUCAACACUCCGACUGGAGGACCACCGUGGCCAUCAAGUGUCUGAAGUUGGACUCCCCUUUUGGUGAAAGAGAGAGGAAGUGUCUACUGAAGGAGGCAGAGGUCCUCCACAAAGCCCGGUUCAACUACAUCAUCCAGAUCUUUGGCAUCUGCAACGAGCCAGAGUUCUUUUGUAUCGUGACAGAGUUCAUGAGCAACGGGUCACUGGACCAACUGCUGCACGAGAAGGAACUGUACCCUGUGCUCGCCUGGCCUUUGAGGCUGAGGAUCCUGUAUGAGAUUGCUUUGGGAGUCAACUUCCUUCACAACAUGAACCCGCCCCUUUUACACCAUGACCUGAAGACACAAAAUAUUCUUUUGGACAGUGAAUUUCAUGUUAAGAUUGCCGAUUUUGGUCUUUCAAAGUGGCGCCAGCUGUCUGUCAGUAAAGGGUCCGGGUCUAAACCCUCGGAAAUUGGCGGCACAGUGAUCUACAUGCCCCCUGAGGAGUAUGAGCCGUCCAAAAGCCACCGGGCUGAUGUGAAGCAUGAUAUGUAUAGUUAUGCCAUCAUUAUGUGGGAGGUGCUUUCCAGACAAAUUCCAUAUGAAGAAGUGACCAACCCCAUGAAGAUCAUGUUCAAUGUGCUUCGUGGGAUGCGUCCUGACACAAGCCCGGCUAGUCUGUCCGAUCAAAUCCCCAGCAGAGAUACCCUUGUUUGCUUAAUGACCUGCGGCUGGACCACCAACCCUGAUGAACGACCCUCCUUCCUUAAGUGUCUGAUGGAGCUGGAGCCUAUGGUGAGGAAGUUCAACGAAAUUGACUUUCUGGAGGCAGUGCUGGAGAUCAAACGGUCAAAGCUGGCUCAGAGAUCCAGCUGUUGCUCAGCACAGCCAGUGAGCGAAAAGACAUCCGAGGACGGAACUUUGACAAGGCUUAAGGACAUGGCCCGCCCAUGGCCGGAGAGCUCCACCUCAGGCUCAGGCUCUUGUUCCUCCCAGGAAACGGACGUAUCGCUGCCAGGCACCCUCACCAGCAACAACACGGAACCUUCCAAAGAGGGUCCCCUGCCAUCUGUCAUUUUCCACACACUGGAGCCCCCCGAGUCUCUGAAGGACCCCUGUGUUGUCAACAAUCUAAACGGCUUCCAGAGCGCCAGGCCCAUUAGUUAUUUGAACAAAUCUUUCAAACCUGACCUGCCCAUAUCAGACGGUGAGACGCAGCUGCAAGCCCUCACACUCAGUGCAAAUUGUGCAAAGAAUCAUCAACAAGAUAAUUCUCCUCCAUUGCGCUGCUCGUCACCCUCACAGGGCACCAUCGGUCAGUGGAUCUCAACACGGCGCGAAGAGAUCGUCGCACAGAUGACGGAAGCCUGCCUCAAUCAGAGCUUGGACGCCCUGCUUGCGCGCUCCAUGCUGAUGCGCGAGGAUUACGAACUGGUGGUCAACCAGCCCACCCGUGCCGCAAAGGUCCGCCAGCUCCUGGACAACUGUCACCGGCACGACGACGACUUCUGCCGCGUUGUCGUCCACAAGCUGCACCACAACAAGCAGAUGGGCCUGCAGCCGUACCCCAACGAAAUCAGCUCGACCGCCGCAGUAACGGUACCCAGCGCGCCACCACUCACCAUGUCCUACAACAUCCCCAGGAACAUGUAGCAGCAGCGGCCCCGCAAUGGCAGCAUUCCAGAUCAUAGACUGUGCCAAAUAUGCUCUCCCUUUGCUCGAUUUUUUUUUUUUUUUUUUUUUUUAGAGAGAUUGUACUUUCUCGUCAGUGUUUAUGCCAGAGGGCCAGCUGCUCAAGCAAGCCAGCCUUUGGCUUUUGUACUAUCUAAAGAACUUUGACUGAUUUUGUGAGUUUAUUUUUUAAAAGGUUCUAUGUUGCAUUAAGUGAUUUAUUUAUAGUCUCUUUAUUCAAAGUGGCUGCAGUAUAGUUUUACCUUUUUUGGUAUAUUUGUGUGUGUAGAAUGCAUAUGUUCUCAUCAUCAUCAUAAUUACUAUUAUGUUAUUCAAGCACCUUUAAGGUCCUGGAAACACAGACAAAAAUAGAAAUGAUCCAAUUUCACUUUCCUUCAAUCACUCCAACGAUAUCACAGUCAUUAUUUAUUAUGUUAAUGGUUUGUACGUGGCACAGUAACAGUGUCUUAUUGCUGAAGCACACGCGUAAUAAAUGAGGAAACGCACAACUUAAGAGUCAGGCUUGGCAGACUAGGGUCAUCUUACAGUAUUCUUAUGUGGGCCACACUGUUGAACACAUUCUCUUCCUGCUCUUCAAACAUUUCACGUUUGUAUCCCCGUCUAGUGAGGAGAUAAUAGUCUCUAGUAGAGCUGCACCAAUUAAUCAAUGAUUAAUCGAUUAUCCAAUAACCAUUGGAUUACUGAAUUUAAAAAGGCAAAACAAGAUAUUCACACACAUCAGCUUUGACUUUGGGCAUCAGUGAUGGACAUGUUGGCCCCGUUUUUUGCUGAUAUGUUGCGGACCAAACCGCUCACUGUUUGUGUUUGGUUCAUAUUGAUUUGGUCCGUGUAGGGCAGGGGUGUCCAGACUUUUUCCACCGAGGGCCACAUAGCGAAAAAUGAAAGGAUGCAAGGGCCACGUUGAUCUUUUGUAAAGCAACACAUGUCGAAAUGCAAAGAAAUUAAGAACUGCAUCUCAGCUUUGUGAUGUAGAUGGAAAAAGUGGACUAUUAGUAAAAAUGUCGGCCUUUGCUUUGUUUUCCAAACAUUUCAACUUUCUUUUCAAAUAAUCUUCGCACAUGUUUUCCUCGUAAUAUUUUGACAUUAUUCCCAUAUUAAUCUAUUUUUCCCCACUUUAUUUUGUUUGUUUUGUUUGGCUUUUAAAAAAUAACAUAUGUAUAUAUUUUAUAUUUUAACUAUAUGCUACUAAAAUUAUGUUAUUUUUUUCCUCAUAAUAUUACAAGUUUAUUCUCGUAAAAUUGCGACUUUUUUUUUAAAUUGCGACAUCACAAUAUGACUUUUUUCUCUCCAUUUUUGGACUCUAUUCUCGUAAAAUUACAGCUGUUUGUUUCCCAUUUCUGCUGGUGUUUUUUUUUUCCCAACUAUUUCAAUUUUCUUUUCGUAAAUUUUCUUCUCAUAAUUUAUUUGUAUAUUUUAACAUUAUUCUCAUAAUAUUAUAAUUUUUUUCUGCAACCUAAUUUUCCAAAAAUUGCAACUUUAUUGUGUUUCGUUUCUCAUAAUAUUAUGACAAAAAAACAAACAAACAUCAACUUUACGCUACUAAAAUGGUGUUAUAUAUUACAACCUUAAUCUCUUAAAAUGGCACCUUUUUCUCAUUAGAUUACAACUUUUAUGCUCUUAAUAUUUUGACUUUAUUCUUGUAAGAAGACUGCUGAUUUUUCCAUUCGAUGUUAAAUUAUUAGGGGUGUCACGAGACGGGACGCGAGAUUGGGUGUACGAGAACGAGACGAGAUUUAAACGUUACAUUACAAGAAAGUUGCGCUGAAAAAAUAACUUUUUCAAAUAACAAUAUGCCGGAAUGUACAAAUUGAAUUUCUACUACGUUACGCUCUUCUGCACUCUGUGUGUAUGCUAGCAGUCCUCGCCUCCUCCUGCCAAGACAAAGAGAGUGUAUGCCGUUGUUGUAAGGAAGAAACACACCAAGGUGCUGAAACCAAUGCACAGUGUGAACCCUCGUCCUGUCUGUUUGGAGGCGAGAAACAAGAAAAACAGACGUGCAUGCACAUGGCGAUAUAUUGAGGCCGGCAAAAUGAUCAAUGUCAUUUUCAUUUAUUGUGUGAUUCAUCCAUUUAUUAUCAACCCAGCGACAGUUUUGUUCUGAACGAGAAAUCUUGCCACUAUUUAAUCUUGUGACACCCCUGUAAAUUAUAUUUUUAGAGUGAAAAGGUCGCGAAAGGUCCCGGGCCGCACUUUGGGACACCCCUGGCCUAACCAAUUCCUUGAUGAAUCAAAACAACAGGAUUACUAGACUGAGAAAAUAAGUGUUAGUUGCAACCCUGUUCUCUAGUAGCGCUGUCACAUGCGACAACAAACUCCAAAUUGAAUUCAUACAAAACCUUUUUAUCAACCAUAAGUGCUUCAUCAGCGUGUGUACUCGGCGACCUCGCUCUCUUCCCUAUCGUUGUCUUCACUUCCUCAGUAGUGUUGUAGCUGUGGCAUCAAAUGCUCUUAGGUCAAAGCAGUACUACUUGUUUUUCUCAAUCACGGAGUCAAAACAAGUGGAUUUACAUACUUGGUUGUUUUUAGCCUUCUGUAAGCGGCAAACGCGUGAAACGUACCAAUUUUUCAGGGGUUGUGUCACCUUAUCGAGGGCAAGAACCUCACCGAUGACACGGUCAAAGAUCGUCAGUCUCAUGCAGUGUUUUUGCGUGCAAAGAACACAUGACAGUAAUCCCUGUUGUUUUUUCCGCUACUUGCAUUGUCUCUGUGUUUGUGUUGCCCGCCUCCUCGAUUUGAACCGUGCCUCAACUUCUUGACUUCCUGUAUGGGACAGUUUGAAAGAAGGUGUGCAUUUUUGAUAGAUGUUGUGACAUUUUCUACCGAUAGUGCCAGUUUUGGCUUUUGUACAUCGAGACCUGUUGCCGAUGUUUAGAUAGCAAACUGUGACGUGCCUCCUUCAUGUUCGGCUGCACCGGAAUUGAAUAGGAUUUGAUUUCAGCUAUUUUAUCCGUUAUUAAAUACUUUCUACUUC